AUGAAAGCUUGGCAAUGGAGCACCUUCUGCUAUCUAUACCAGGGUCCUGCUGCAUCGAGCAAGAUCAUUAUGCGAAUGAUCCUGGCCUUGUCUGCAAGUGACAUGCAUCGCAGUGGCCAUAUUUUGCGGUCUCCCGGUCGUCCGACAGCCGAGGACCAUGGUCGGUACCACUAUGGGCUUGCCGUCAAGGAGUUCCGACAAUGGCUGGAGACGCCGAAGCGGGAAGUUUCGCAGACGGAGCUGGAGAUGAUCCUGGUAACAAUGUUCUUAAUGGUCGCUUAUGAGUGGCAGUUUGGGAAUUGUGCGAAGCAUCUACAAUUGUAUUUGCACGGGGUGCGGUCAUUGCUGGAAUCGCAUCCAUCGCUGAUCCAGAUCAAGGACGUGAAUAACGUUCUCUUCUCAAUGGACGCAGGGCAGUCAGAGGAUUUGGCAUCCCGAGUUUCCUUUGUCCCGGAGCAGUUUUUGUUGUGGAUAUUAUACAUCGAUGUAAACUGCCGAUCGGUCGGCGUUACGGGGUCUCUGUACGACUAUGUUCUGCAAUCCGGCAAUCCUGCUCUUCAUCCAGAUCAACUACAUCGCUGUGCACGUCUCUGGGGCCGAUGCUUCUGGGGGAAACGAUAUCCCGACCAGGAGGUGUCGGAUGACAUGGAGAACUACCGAGGGUUGGAGCUCUUGCACGAAGCCAUAUGUCUACGGUACAAGAUAUGGCAGGUACUUGUCGGCCAUCCGGCUUCCGCCAUGGCCAGCGCUGAAUCUCUGUCCCUCGCAAUGAUGACCAUUCGUGAAAAAUACUCGGAUCUUUUCGUCACGGCUAAACUCGCUGGCGCGACUUCCAUGCGCCGUACCCUUAACACCAUCUACAAGGCGGUAUCCACUUUUUACGCACAGGUCCUCUUUCACCAACGCCUUUUCUACUCGUCAUCUCCUUCAACUGCCCUGCGCCGACAGGCACUCACCAGCAUCAUUGAGAUCGCCCAGAAGCAAUAUACGGCCGACCCGCGGCUGCUACGCCGGCUGCACUGGCCGCUGCUGAUGGCGGUCAUCGAGACGGAUGACCCGGUACAACGGAACUGGUUCCAAUUGCGACUCCACGAGCUUCGCGGCUACCAUUCGGACUACGACUGGGCGAACGAGAUUGCAGAUGAAAUUUUGACCCGCCAGACAAGCGGAGCGGUAGAUCUAGCCGAACUAUUACGCAACCAUCUCGACCGGUGA